AGAAGGGGGGAGUGGGAGGGGAGGGGAGGAGGCGGCGGUGGCGGCGCUGGAGCUGGAGCGCUCCUCUCGGGCACCGGCCAAACCAGGGAGCAAAAACGUCGCUCCGUACGGGUCUUCCUCCUGCCGCCGAGCCGUCCCUUCUGGCCAUGUCCCAGAGCAGGCAUCGCGCCGCGGCCCCGCCGCUCGAGCGCGAGGACAGCGGGACCUUCAGUUUGGGGAAGAUGAUUACAGCUAAACCGGGGAAAACACCGAUUCAGGUAUUACACGAAUACGGCAUGAAGACCAAGAACAUACCGGUCUAUGAAUGUGAAAGAUCCGAUGUGCAAGUACACGUGUCCACGUUCACCUUCCGAGUAACUGUUGGUGACAUAACCUGCACAGGUGAAGGUACAAGUAAGAAGCUGGCGAAACAUAAAGCUGCAGAGGCUGCCAUAAACGUUUUGAAAGCCAAUGCAAGUAUUUGCUUUGCAGUUCCUGACCCCUUAAUGCCUGACCCUUCCAAGCAACCAAAGAACCAGCUUAAUCCUAUUGGUUCAUUACAGGAAUUGGCUAUUCAUCAUGGCUGGAGACUUCCUGAAUAUACCCUUUCCCAGGAGGGAGGGCCUGCUCAUAAGAGAGAAUAUACCACAAUUUGCAGGCUAGAGUCUUUUAUGGAAACUGGAAAGGGAGCAUCAAAAAAACAAGCCAAGAGAAAUGCUGCUGAGAAAUUUCUUGCAAAAUUCAGUAAUAUUUCCCCAGAGAACCACAUUUCUUUAACAAAUGUAGUGGGACAUUCUUUAGGAUGUACUUGGCAUUCCUUGAGGAAUUCUCCUGGUGAAAAGAUCAACUUACUAAAAAGAAGCCUCCUCAGCAUUCCAAAUACAGAUUAUAUCCAGCUGCUUAGUGAAAUCGCCAAAGAACAAGGUUUUAAUAUAACAUAUUUGGAUAUAGAAGAACUGAGCGCCAACGGACAGUACCAGUGUCUCGCUGAACUGUCCACCAGUCCCAUCACAGUCUGUCACGGCUCUGGGAUCUCCUGCAGCAAUGCUCAGAGUGAUGCAGCUCACAAUGCUUUGCAGUAUUUAAAGAUAAUAGCAGAAAGAAAGUGAACUUGGAGCAAUUUAGAAAACCCUUCAGUAGCACAUAAAAAGUUCUCCUCUCAUCCCUUCCCAACUAAAACAUUUACUGUUUGAGUUUGUGUGUUGUUUCUAAAUCUCUUCAUAGAUUCUAUCAACACUCCAGAUUUAAUGAUCUCCUAAGUAGUCAUUAAGCUCUUUUUAAUGGCUUCAACUUUGUAUCAGUAUCUUGUAUUUAUAAACUUUGUACCAUAGGCAGUAUACAGAGAUGGAAAAAAUGCAUGUUGGUUUUUGCUGCUGCUGAUGAAGAUGAAGAAAUAAAACUGCUAGCAACAGUCUCUCUUCACUGGUGCUUAACCUCUUCUUUGUGCAAGCCUCUGUAAAGGGAAUUGGAAGGAAGGCCCUUAGAGUGCUGAGUAACACACUACACAGGCUUUUCUUGAAUGUGAUUGUUAAAUUUCAGGGAACAUGAUUGGUCUGCUGUGUAUCCGAAUCCACAUAAUAAAGAGCUGUUGUUAUAAUGA